UCGGUAUAAAGUUACAUGUACACACACCCCACGCGUCCUGUACGAUUUUCGGGUAGUAUUCUGAUUCGAAGCUAGAACUACAUUUUCUGGUACCACGCCUGCUUUCCUACCCACCACCCUUGCAUCUCUUCUCAUAAAAGCCUCUGAGAUAUUCCAGAACUGUUAGCGUGAAUUUUGAAGCUUUCGCCUAGCCUAGCCCUGCCGUUCUGUAGUCUCUAGCCGUCAACAAUUAGCCUAAGAAGAACGAUUUCUGGAAACAGGCUCUCCCCAUGGCUACAAAUUCAUACCAAAUUGAUUUAAAUGCUGACGCUGUUUUGUUUGAUCAAGAAGAUGAGACUUUUGGGUCUAAAUCAAUAGAACACGUCAACGCCGGAAUAUCGGGGCUCGAAACCCUAACCGAGCAUGUUAACGAUAAGUUUCAGGUUCAAAAUCACAUGGUUUGCCAGGCUGGGGAUGAUGGAGCAGCCAAUGGAUCGGUGGAGCCACCAUGUGAGUCGUAUUUGGGUGGAAAAGAGGGUUUUGAUCAAGGUACUAAAUUUGUUGAUCGAGCUAAUGUCUCUGGGGUAGGAACGGAACUUCUUAAUGUGGGUUGUGACGUGGAUGCAAGCAACUUUCCGAGUGGAUUGCUGAAGAACGAAGAUGAGGAACACAUAACUGAAUGUUUAAACGAUACCCGAGUUUUAUAUGGAGGUACCCAAACCGAUGAAAGUUUAGUUAUUGGAUUAAGUUGUGGUGCUGCGGAUGUGACAGAGGUUACUAAAAAUGCUCCGUCGAGCAUAGAACUUGAACUAAAUAAAAUCGCUAUUGGACAUAAGAAUAUGACGGAGUGCCGAAAGGAGGACAAAUAUGCUAAUGGAGCUUCUAGCAACGAAGAGGGUAUGCAGUGUCUUAAUGAGAAAACAAACAAGGGAGCUAGUAGUAUGAAUUUAAGAGGAUUUGUGGGGCAUGGAAGUGAGAUUAAAGCUGCUGCUGAUAUUCUUUACAAGCAUGGCCUUGAAGAUUGUUAUGCCAGAGGACUCACAGAAUCUACCCGUGAGUUUCAGGAUCUGAUUCCAGAUAUAGAAGUCCAGGAUGUCAGUGCCAUAGAAUCUUUGCCCAGUAAAGAUCCCGUUUCAGGCAAUCAUCUUUAUGAACAAGAAACUUCUCAUUGUUCAAAACAGCCAGCCCUCAAUGUUCAUGAACAAGCAGAGGCGAUGCAGAGCCAAACCACAGACACCAUAGUUGAAGAAGCAGGGCCUUUCAAUAAUAUUCAGAAUGAGUUUCAAGGCAUUAAUCUUUUUGUAGACCUUAAUUCAUGCUGGAAUUCCAAGAGUGUUGAUGCAGAUAGGAAGUCAGUGUCUUCAGAGCUGAAUCUCCAAGUAUCUGAUUUAGUAUGGGGAAAGGUGAGGGGCCAUCCUUGGUGGCCUGGUCAGAUCUUUGAUCCCUCAUCUGCGUCAGAAAAUGCAAAGAAGCACCUUAAGAUAGAUUGUUACUUGAUAGCAUAUUUUGGGGAUCAAACAUUUGCUUGGAACGAAUCAUCUAAGAUAAAGCAAUUUCAAAUGCAUUUCUCGCAAAUGGAGAAGCAGAGCAAGUCGGAAAUUUUCCAUAAUGCUGUAGAUUGUGCCUUAGGUGAGGUCUCCAGACGGGUUGAAUUUGGCCUAACCUGCCAAUGCAUUCCUGAAGAAGUUUCCAAAAAGCUCAAAACUCAGGUAUUUUAUAAUGCUGGAAUCCAGGAUCAAUCAAGUAGAAUAGAUGGAGGAGACAGGUUUCUCAAUGCAAUCGCUUUUGAACCAAAGAAACUUGUCAAUAUUGUUAAAUCAUUAGCCAAGUUGCCGUUUAUUGAAUUUGAUAGAUUGGAUUUUGUUAUAGCAUGUGCUCAAUUGUUGACUUUCUAUCGGGCAAAGGGUUAUUCUCAGUUACCACAGUUCACAAUGCUUGAUGGGUUAAUUGAGGAUGAUAUGGACAUUCUUUUCACAGGGGAGAAGAAGCAAUAUGAUAAUCAAACUGACAGUCGAGGAGAUCCAAAAGCCCAUCUUGGCUUUUCUCACAAGCGGAAGCAUAUCUCUAUAGAUAGCACACAAUCCAGGAAAAAGCAUAAGUGCUUGUCGGAUUUGAUGUUGGAGGAUAAGUUUUGUAUUCCAAAUGGUGAGAAUGUAUCAGAAAGAAAUGCUGCUGGCCCUGGGUCGAUUUCAGUCUCCUCAGCCAAGAAACGCAAGGCAAUCCAGGAUGCUUCUAGUGAUUAUUCCCGUAAGUCCCAAAGCAAAGGGCUCUUUCAGUUGUAGUGUAUUUAUGUGGAUGAGAUGUUGCCACAACUUUAUCUCGCUGCCCAAUAUCCAUUCAGAGAAACCCACAAAAGUGUCAUUUUAAAUUUCUUUUCUGAAUUCAGAAAUUUUAUUAUGCCAAAUGAUUCUGCUUCUCUAGAGCAAGGUAUGUCCUUAGAGCAAAUGCAUGCUGAAGAGACUGGAGUAAGCUAUGUAAGCAGUAGUUUAUGUGACAUUGCAAUGGAGCCUUCCAAUGAUUCAUAUUGGACUGACAGAAUAGUUGAGAGUGUUCCAGAAGAACAAUCAUUAUUAAAGAAUCAGAAUGAAAGAGAGGAGUUUCUGCCAAUUGCCAGGGGCGCUCCCUCUGUCAUGCCACAAGAAACUGCUGAGGAACAUUUGGAUGGGAAUUCUGACAAGGUUCUGCCCAGUGGUACUGAUUCUCCUUGACUGUCAUUUUUUUGCCGCUUUGGACCGUUGAUUGAAUCACAGACUGAACUGCUGAAGAAGAGUAACCGUGCCAGAGUGGUUUUCAAAAGACGAUCUGAUGCAGAAAAUGCUUUUAGUAAUGCUGGUAAAUAUAGCAUAUUUGGACCUUCACUUAUUAGUUACAGCCGCAAGAUCAUGCCUUCUAUGGCCGAAAGAGUUACUGAAUGCAAAGGAAAGCAACAAGUUCUGUAGAUGGCUCUGCUGUCUGAUCCCUUGGCAUGAUCCUUCAACCUCAUAUAGGAUGUUAGUUUUUGGUGUUGUAAUGUAAAUAUCCGCAUUAGCAUAGCUAGCUUGCAAAUACGCAUCAUUGCGUAGCUGAAUAGGUAACAUUUAGAAGUCUUUUGGGAAAGGAUCGUGUCAAUAUGAAGGAGGGUAUAUAUUUUUUGGACUGGUACGAGGGAAGUGUUAAUCUUCAACUGAAAUUACUCUCAAUCAGGAUUUUCUUGAAAAUGCGUGCAUAUUUAUGAACGUCAUUUUUAGUUUCGCCAUUCUAAAUAUAAAAGCUUCUCGUUACUGUA